AUGAGUGCCAUGGACACCACAGACGCAGCGGCCGAUAGCACGGAAGAACCGGCCACGAAGAAGGCGCGCACGGAAGAACCGGACACGGAGCCGGCCGCCGCGCCGGCACCCGCGAGCGAGGCGCCAGCGCCAGCACCAGCACCAGCCGACGCGGAAGAGGAAGAAGACGACGACGCCGCGAAGGUGAGAGUAAUAGCCGGCCGCCGCUUUGCGAAUAGAGACGAGCUCUGGGCCCACGUGCUUUCCCUCCAGCGAAAGAUCGACGGCGGCGUCGCCGAGGGCGCGGACGCCUUCUUCUUGUUUGCGUUGGUGACGUGCCACCCCGGGGCCAACGAGAAACUCGCGCCGGGUGCGGCGAAGAUCGGUUUUGAUAUCAAUCAAGAGUACCCGGACACGAAGUCGUUUUUUGUCGAGCGGACCGAUGGUUCAAGAGCGGGCUUCUCCGCCCGCAAGUGCGUCGACGAGCUCUACCCGAAAGACUCCACGAAGUCGGCACUGACCUUGGGAAGGCAGUCCAUGGGCGCGCGCGAGUACAAGGAGUCGCCUCAAAAAAAAGCGCGAGACCCGCCACCUCGAGGCGCCCACGUGCGCAUUGAUGGCUUGUCGGGCCAGGCCAUCCAAUAUGGAGAGAUCAAGGAAGCUUUGUCGGAGUUUGCGGUGCCGCGUUUUGUGGACCUGAACGACGACGAGGGUUAUGCGAUCGCGCGUUUUGAUGAUAACGAGAGCGCCGUGAAGGCUUGUGCUUGUGUGGAGAUCGAGGGCGCCGCCGUGACCGUCGUCGUGAUGGCGCCGGAGCUCGAGGACGCGUAUCGGAAAGAUGCCGACGCGAAAAGGGAGGCCGCGCGCGAGGCGAAGCGGGGCAAGGGCGGCAAGGGCGGACGGGGUCGAGGCAAGGGCCGCGGGCGGUCCAUCCGGUCGGCGGGCCGCGGCCGUGGGCGUGGGCGGGGCCGCCCGGGCCGCGGGUUGGGACAUUACGGGCCGCCGAAGAACUAGACUUAACAACAGUUACA